AUACGUGCGAGAAAAGAAAUCUCUUGUUACUGCACCGACAAGUCUCGAACCCACAUAGUUUCGGCUUCUUCGUAAAGAAGCUGGAAAAGAAAACCCCAAAGUACGCUACAACCAAAUGACCGCCACUAAAAUUAGUCAAAAAGCAAACAAAAGUAUGUGGCUCUCAAAUAUCUCGCGUUAAGAACGUGAUUUCUUUCUCUUUUUUUUUUUUGAAGAAUUUUAGGACAAAUUCUGAGGUGGGCUGUUGGAAAUCCGAACCCUGCAUCUCGUAACAUUGGUUAACGAGAUAAAAACAUGGGAGAGAACAAUUACGCUAAGGAAUUGGAUGUGGCUGUUCGAGUUGUUCACAUGGCUUGUUCUCUUUGCCAGCGAGUUCAAGAGGGCUUGGUUUCUUCGAUUGGUAAUGACCAUGUUAAGUCUAAAGAUGAUGAAUCUCUUGUUACUGUUGCAGAUUGGAGUGUUCAAGCAACAGUUAGCUUGAUGCUGUCAGAAUCUUUUAGCAAUCAAAAGGUGUCAAUAGUUGCUGAAGAAGAUGUUCAAACUCUCUCAAAGUCUGAUUCAGUAGGUUUGCUAACAGCUGUUGUGAACACUGUGAACGAAUGCUUAGCCGAAGCACCAAAAUAUGGUCUUCAGAGUCCCAAGGAAGCUCUUGGAACCUCACAAAUUCUUGAGGCCAUAAGCCGAUGCAACUCAACUGGGGGACGCACUGGAAGACAUUGGGUACUCGAUCCUGUCGAUGGAACAUUAGGAUUUGUGCGUGGGGAGCAAUAUGCUGUGGCUCUUGCAUUGAUAGAGGAGGGAAAAGUUCUGAUUGGAGUGCUCGGGUGCCCUAAUUACCCUCGGAAGAAAGAAUGGCUAAAUCAUCAUCAUCAGUCCUAUCAGAGCAUGCCAAAAAUAUCUGAUACUUCUGACACAUGGGAAAAAGGAUGCGUGCUAUAUGCACAGAGAGGCAGUGGUGAGGCAUGGAUGCAGCCGUUAAUACAUGGAAAUAAGAAACAUACGUGGUCAAAUUCUGCACAAAGAGUUCAAGUUUCUGCAAUUGAUGACCCAGCACUGGCAACCUUCUGUGAACCAGUGGAGAAAGCCAACACAAACCAUUCCUUCAGUGCUGGAGUUGCUCACAGCAUGGGGCUUAAAAAACAGCCCUUGCGUGUCCAUAGCAUGGUGAAAUAUGCAGCCAUAGCUCAAGGUGAUGCUGAGAUCUUUAUGAAAUUUGCUCAGUCAGGGUACAAAGAGAAGAUAUGGGAUCAUGCUGCUGGGGUUAUCAUUGUAGAAGAGGCUGGUGGUGUGGUAACUGAUGCUGGAGGCCACCCCCUGGACUUCUCAAGGGGUUUGUACUUAGAAGGUCUUGAUAGGGGCAUAGUUGCUUGCUCUGGGACCACCUUGCAUGAGAAGCUCAUUGGAGCUGUUUAUGCUAGCUGGGAGUCUUCGAAUCUCUGAAGCCUUCUGAAUAUUCAUGAUAUUCUGAUGCAACAUGAUUUACAUGCUCUUGCAAGGGGAAUGUAACUCAGUUUCUGUCACUUUUUCUGAUAAAGGUUCCUGUGUGUAUAUACUAUAUCAUCGCCGAGACAGUGUUUUUAUACUAUGCUGUCAGAGCGAAGCAACUUCGAGCAUCAGCUUGGGGAUUGGGGAUCGAAGCUGCUCAUCCAUGUUUUGUAUAAUGAUAAUUAGCUUUUCACAACUUUAUUCAUAUAGAAAUGUUCAAUAUAUCAUCAGCGGUAUCUCUACUAUGAUGAUUUAGAGCUGAUAGACAUUUGGCACAUUUUAACUUACAUUUCAAUGCAGAGCUGAGUGCUCCUGCAUCACUUCAUGAAUUUUUCCAAUUGAGAAAAUCCAAUAUUUAAAUAUGUGACUGUCUUGCAAGCUUACCGACUAAAAUGUAUGUUUUGCCCGUUGCUGAUGUUUAUACAAGCCUGUUUUUCUUACUCCCCCCUUAAUCACCUGUGGUUCUAGGCAA